AUGGCUGAGGAUGCGAACCCCGCUGCAUGCCGAAGCGACGUGGCCCACGAACCCACACCAUCUGCAGAAGCUCCCGCAAAGGCUCCAGAGUCUCUUCGUCUAGAGAAAGAUGAACAGGGUGAUGUGAAGCUUGAGGACGCGUCGGCCGAGAGUGCCAAACCAAGCUCACCCGCUGAAACGCCAAAACAAGAGAAGGAAGAGGGUCAUGUUUCGGAUGAAGAGACUGCUACAGCAGCUGCUGCUACUGCUGAUGUGGCGGAAGGUGGUGCCAACGGCACACCCUCCGUAUCCAGGAAAUCGAGCAACGGAAAACGCAAGUCGACUUCUGCCGCCGAUAGUAAGGGGAAAAAACUGAAUAAGAAGAAGUCCAUGAACCGUAUCACUCACCUGGAUGCGAAGCCAGGAGAAUACUACACUGCUCGUCUAAAGAGCUAUCCCCCCUGGCCCUCGAUAAUCUGUGAUGAGGAGAUGCUUCCACCUAGCCUCCUGUCGACGCGUCCGGUGACUACGAAGCAGAAGGAUGGUACAUACAAAGAAGCCUACGACAAUGGCGGCAAACGAGUUCAUGAGCGCACAUUUCCAAUUAUGUUCUUGUACACUAAUGAAUUUGCAUGGAUUCCAAACACAGAACUCACACCUCUUGACCCCGAGUCGUGCAAAGACGUGAGCGAGAAAGGAAAGACGAAGGCCCUCGUCGAAGCAUAUCAUGUUGCCGCAGAGAACCACGAUCUUCAAUACUUUAAGGAUAUGCUUGCUGACCACCAACGGGCAUUAGAGCAAGACCAGGAAGCGAGAGAGGCUCGAGAAGCUGCUAAAGCAGCGAAGCAGGAGAAGAAAAAACGGAAGAGCACUGAAGUAGCUGAUGAGCAAGAUGACGAGGAGGCAGCAGAUGCAGGAGCUGAGAAACGAAAGAGCGUUAAGAAACGGAAAAAGGAUAUCGAUAGUGAAGCUGAAAGCGACAAGCCUGCAAAGACCCCCAAGACUGCCACUAAACUCAAGUUGACAACCCCCAAGACCCCUGCGACCGGCGAGUCCGACAAGAAAGCUGCAACCAGACCAUCAAAGGCAAAGGCUGCCACUGCGAAAAAGGACAAAAAGGCAACGAAAAUACCGAGUGAUGAAGGUGCUGUCAAAACUCUAAAGGAGCCUGAAAAGCCGCUUGACUCGCAGGCAGCCAAGCUCAAGAAGGAGAAAGAAGUUCUGUAUCUUCGUCAUAAACUCCAGAAAGGAUUUCUUACACGUGACCAGACACCCAAGGAGGAUGAAAUGGAAAACAUGUCCAAUUACAUCCAGAAGCUGGAAUCCUAUGCAGACCUGGAAGUCAGCAUCAUCCGCACCACCAAAAUCAACAAAGUGCUUAAGGCCAUCAUCAAGCUUAACUCCAUCCCCAAAGAUGAGGAAUUCAACUUCCGCGGCCGCUCCAUCAACAUCUUGAACAAAUGGAAGACGCUGCUGGAUUCUGAUAUACCCCCUUCCACGAGGGAGAAGGAAAAAGAUGAAGCUGAAUUUAAUACAAAGGCAAAUGGCCACAAGCAGGUUAACGGUGGGAAAGCGGAGGAGUCGACUGAGGCGGAUGAUGAGACUGGUGGUGCUACCCGUGUAGAUGAAGAUGAGGCCAUGCCGGAUGCCCCGGAGCCAGCAACAGCGAAUGAUGAGAUGUCAGGGGUUUCUCCUGCUAAGGGAGGAGGGGAGGCUGUAGAGGUUGAUUCCUAG